ACGUCGUCCGGUCCGGUGCGUGUGUGUGGUCGCCGCCGCGUGUGUCCGGAACAUUGUGAACGUCAAAUUGUAUGCUCUUAUCUCAACAAUUACCACCGCCCCGGUGUCCGCUUGACAAAUACCAGGGCAAAUAGUGCCGUCGGCGGGUGUGCACAUCGAUCGGAUCGCCUUCGGUUGUGGCCACAAUUCCGCGGCCGAUACUCGCGAUCCAUCUGGAAGAAGUAGAAGAAGAAAAUCCAACUGUCCGGUCCACCGGGAAACGCACCGAUCCAGAAUGCCCGAGUUUUACAAGACCGAAAUCAACAAAACGGAAUGGGAGGUGCCGAGCAAGUACCAGAUGCUGACGCCGGUCGGUAGCGGUGCUUACGGCCAGGUUUGCUCGGCCAUGGACACGGAGCACAACGUGAAGGUGGCCAUCAAGAAACUGGCCCGCCCGUUCCAGUCGGCGGUCCACGCCAAGCGGACCUACCGCGAGCUGCGCAUGCUGAAGCACAUGAACCACGAGAACAUUAUCGGGCUGCUGGACGUGUUCCAUCCCGGCGGCAACACCCUGGAGUCCUUCCAGCAGGUUUACCUGGUCACACACCUGAUGGGAGCCGACCUAAACAACAUCAUCCGCACCCAGCGCCUCUCGGACGAGCACGUCCAGUUCCUCGUCUACCAGAUACUGCGCGGCCUGAAGUACAUCCACAGUGCCGGUAUCAUACACCGGGACCUGAAACCGUCCAACAUUGCCGUGAACGAGGACUGCGAGCUGAAGAUACUGGACUUUGGGCUAGCGCGCCCGACCGAGAACGAAAUGACCGGCUACGUGGCGACCCGUUGGUACCGGGCCCCGGAAAUUAUGCUCAACUGGAUGCACUACAACCAGACGGUGGACAUCUGGUCGGUCGGCUGCAUCAUGGCGGAGCUGCUGACCAGCCGGACACUGUUCCCCGGCACGGACCACAUCCAUCAGCUAAACCUUAUCAUGGAGAUACUCGGCACACCGAACGAUGAGUUUAUGGCGAAAAUCUCCUCGGAAAGUGCCCGCCAUUACAUUCGAUCGCUACCGCGCACAGAGAAGCGUAAUUUCACGGAUGUGUUCCGCGGAGCGAAUUCUCUGGCCAUCGAUUUGCUGGAGAAAAUGUUGGAGCUCGAUGCCGACAAACGGAUAACGGCCGAGCAAGCAUUGGCCCAUCAGUAUCUAGAAAAGUACGCGGAUCCAUCGGAUGAGCCGACAUCGUCGCUAUACGAUCAAAGCUUCGAAGAUAUGGAUCUACCCGUCGAACGGUGGAAGGAACUUGUCUUCGAGGAGGUGCUGAACUUUGUGCCUCAACAGCACGCGCACAUCGGGGGCGACGCACAAUCGUAAGACCUUUGCGGAAGUUGAAGAUGCACAUCCGUCCAUCGACAGCAGACGUCAUGGUUCCCAGUACGCAAACAAACUAUCCAAACACGCGUGCCUCCCGGAGGGCUGUCGACGAAGGACGUCCAGCUGUUUCAUUGAUAAGUUAUUGUGCUAGAGUGUUCAAAUUUAAAUAAAUAAUGCGUUGUUUGCCAGAGGAAAGCGAAACACAGCUUUGGCCGAGAGAGAAAGAGAGUACCUCAUAAGAUUGAGGCUCUUGGAAAGAUUAGAGUGAUUGAGCGAAACGUUAAAACAGGUAACUUUUACAAAUUCCUUAAUAAUUGUACUAAGUUGUCGAAGCAUAACUAGGGCAGACAAGAAUGAAGGUAUUACUCGCGAUGAUGGAAAGAGCGCAGGAAAGUUGCCUCAGUCGGCAACCGGAAACAAUCAAACAACGACGAGAGCCGCUUGGUGGACAAGCAGGAUAAUAAACUAAUCAAUAUUGAAAACAAAGGCACUCCUCCAUUUAUAUUCAUAAUGGCCUUCUGCUGGUGGCGAAUGCCCUUUUUAUUGGUGUAUUGAAAUGGGUUGUUGGGCAACAAAAGUAGGAAGAUUUCCUUCCUCCAGGCAGUUGCUAAAGUGUAGUUGCGAAUAAACAUAACACAAUUUGAUACGAAUAAACAAAUAAACAAACAACGUUAGAUUGUAAUGGAAACCAUGUUCUAAUAGUAUUGUUGAAAAUAAACCGUUAC